UGACCGUUUUUAAAUAGAGUCUGACAAAAAAAGAGAAAAGGAUCCAAAAAAUUAAGAAUAAUUGAAGAAGAUUGCUUAAAAAUGUCCUCACACUCCUCACUUGACGAUGUCGAGCCCCAGAAACAUCCGCGCAUCAUGACAUUUCGUCCCAGUUAUGAAGAGUUCAAGAAUUUCUCAGCCUACAUUGACUAUAUAGAGUCCAGGGGAGCUCAUUUGGCGGGUCUAGCCAAAAUACAGCCGCCAGCGGAGUGGGUAGCGAGAAAGUCUGGCUACGAUAUUGAGAACAUCAACAUGACCAUUCCGGGUCCCAUCAGUCAAGUGGUUACAGGCGCUCAUGGUUUCUAUCAGCAAAUUAAUAUACAACAACGCCGCCAAAUGACAUUGCGUCAAUUUAUGGAAAAGGCCAACUCGGAACUGCAUCAGACACCAAAACACUUCGAUUAUGAUGAUUUGGAGCGAAAGUAUUGGAAGAAUAUCACCUACGUUUCUCCUUUAUAUGCAGCAGAUAUCAAGGGUUCGCUAAGUGACGAAGAUCUUGACGUUUGGAACAUUGGACGUCUCGAUACCAUAUUGAAUUUAGUCAACACCGACUAUAAUAUAAUCAUAGAUGGAGUAAAUACAGCUUAUUUGUAUUUUGGCAUGUGGAAGAGUUCAUUCGCCUGGCACACCGAGGAUAUGGAUCUGUAUUCCAUUAACUAUUUACAUUUUGGUGCCCCAAAGACCUGGUAUGCGAUUCCACCCGCUUAUGGCCGUCGUCUCGAGAAGCUAGUGAAUGAAGCGUUUAAGGAAAACUAUUUGGAAUGCAAUGCCUAUCUGCGCCACAAAAUGACCAUGAUUAGUCCAAAGGUUUUGCGCCAACAUAACAUUCCAUACAAUAAAAUUACACAGGAGGCAGGCGAGAUUAUGAUUACCUUUCCCUUUGGUUAUCAUGCUGGUUUUAAUCAUGGCUUCAAUGGUGCCGAAUCAACCAAUUUCGCCUCGAAGCGUUGGAUUGAAUAUGGCAAACGUAGCAGCGUUUGUAAGUGUCGCAGCGAUAUGGUAAAGAUAUCGAUGGCAACAUUUGUGCGUCGUUUUCAGCCCGAGCGCUAUGAGAAUUGGCUAAGGGGCGAGGAUUAUGGUUGCCAUCCAGAGGAACCGGGCAAAAUCUGUGCAGCAAUGCCACCUACCCUUAAUGAGGAUGAGCUCAAACAACUCUUAGAAAGCCCUCCUGAACAGAAACGAGGUUGCUCCAUGGCUGUAACAACCGAUAAGACUGACAAUGCGGAUAAUGCCACCGAAGAUGCUGACGAUAAGGCUAGUAUUAGCAGUUCCAGCAGUGCUUGUCUUAAGAAACUUGUUGUUAAGGUCCGCAAAUUACCACCCAGAGACCCAGAGCCAGCUGCAGUCAAUUCAGAGGCAUCAGCCAUCACCUCAGAGCCAGAGUCCCACAAGAAAUGCGAUUUUAAUUCAACUGCUGUGGUACGCAUUAAACGCUUGUGGAAUGAUCUGCCUAAUCCCAAGCCUGGCACCAAUUUGCUUACCAAUGGCAUUGUCAAGAACACCAAACGAAUGCGCUUUCAGACUAAAGUGCUCACACUAGACGAUGAGGAUUGAAGCAUCACACACCCGCAGAGAAAAUGGAUUAGAUUAGAGCACUUUACGAUCUCUUGUUUUUAAAAGUCUGUAAAUGAAUCUAAUAUAUAUACAUAUAUAUAUGUAGAUGUCAGUAUGUAGCUAAGUAUGUACGUUAAGGUACCUUUUAUGUGUAAUAGCUUAAUGUAAAGAUAUGCAUUCCCAUUCACACUCCCCGCCCCACCUAGAAGUGUUAUAUAUAUUCAAUGUCUUGACCUAAAAUGUGUUGUACUAAACUCCCACGAUUGGUGGCCAUUUUGGUAACAAAUUAUGAAAACAAUCACAUGUAUUAGGGAUGUUGUAAAAAUAGAAAACAUUUUCAAUCAAGA